AGCUCUGCACUUCCCUUCUUCACCGCCUUCACUUCUUCUGAAGUGACUACCAAUAUCUUCAAAACCCCCAAAACUCUCAAAACCUUGUUCUUCGUUCUCCUCUACGAGGUUCCCAAAUCUCAUAGCGGAACAAGAACCCUUAAUUUUUUCUAAACAGAAGUGUAAUUACUGCAAUUAUGACCAAGGUAUACGGAACUGGCACCUACGAUUUUCGGCGCCACCGGGUAGCUGAGUACCCGGUGGAAGCAUUGCCGCAGCCGGUGGAGGCUCCACAGAAAAUGCUGCCUUCAAUGACCGAGAAGCCGCCGGAGUCGAACAUACCUAGCUCCAUAACUCUUGCUGAGAUCCAACGCGACCGCUUGACUAAAAUCGCAGCUUCCAAUUGGGCUAAAACUGAAGAGAAGAAAACCUUUAGUCCUCAGCUUGUUAAAGAAAUUUAUGACACGGAGCUUACUGUAAAAGGGGGGAGAAAGCCAGUGCCACUGCAGAGGGUGAUGGUAUUGGAGGUUAGCCAGUAUUUGGAGAAUUAUCUUUGGCCCAAUUUUGAUCCAGAGGCUUCUUCCUUUGAGCAUGUGAUGUCAAUGAUACUGAUGGUCAAUGAGAAGUUUCGGGAGAAUGUGGCUGCAUGGAUCUGCUUCUAUGAUAGAAAGGAUAUGUUCAAGGCAUUUCUUGAUAGGGUUCUUCGGCUGAAAGAGGGCAGAAGCUUGACAAUUCCUGAGAAAAUUAAUUAUCUACUUUUCAUGAUCAAUGCUUUCCAGAGUUUAGAAGACGAGAUAGUGAGUAAAAAGGUAUUAAGGUUAGCCGGUCUGCAGUGUUGGCAUUGCUUGUCAUAUGGUCGAUUUCAGAUGGAGCUCUGUCUUAACCCUGAUCUAAUCAAGAAAUGGAAGAAGAUUGCAAAGAGAGCCAAGGAGGCAGCUAAAAGAGGGGAAUCUUUUGAUACCUCAACCAUGCUAGAAGUGAAUUUCUUGAGACAUCUAAUUGAAGAGUUUCUUGAGGUUCUUGAUUGCAAGGUUUUUCCUCAGCCAAACAGUGAGGUUGAUACUGACUUGGAUAUCACAAAUGAUUUUGAAGGUGUUAACGAUGCCUCUAUUCUAUAUUGUGAACGGUUUAUGGAGUUUCUCAUUGAUCUAUUGAGCCAACUGCCAACUAGAAGAUAUAUAAGGCCUGUUGUUGCUGAUGUUGCUGUGGUUGCAAAAUGUCAUUUAAGUGCUCUUUAUAGGCAUGAAAAAGGAAAGCUUUUUGCCCAGCUGGUUGACUUACUUCAGUUCUAUGAAGGUUUUGAAAUUGACGACCAUUUGGGGAGACAAAUGACUGAUGAUGAGGUGAUUCAGGCUCAUUAUGAUCGUUUCCAGUCAUUCCAGCUUCUUGCAUUUAAGAAGAUACCCAAGCUACGGGAACUUGCAUUGGCAAAUGUUGGUGCAAUACACAGGCGCGCUGAUCUAUCUAAGAAACUUUCUGUGCUUACUCCUGAGGAGCUGAGAGAUUUAGUAUGCCGGAAGCUAAAACUGAUAUCAGUUGAUGAUCCAUGCUCAGAUAGAGUUGAUUUCUUAAUUGAAGUAAUGGUAUCUUUCUUUGAGAGACAACAGUCACAGAAAGAGGCCAUAAAUGCUCUUCCUCUUUACCCUAAUGAGCAAAUAAUGUGGGAUGAAAGCCUUGUACCAAGCAUCAACUACACUGGGGAAGGAUGCCUGGCACUUCCAAAGCUCAACCUACAGUUUUUGACACUUCACGACUAUCUUCUUAGAAACUUUAACCUCUUUCGCCUUGAAUCGACUUAUGAAAUCCGUGAGGACAUCCAAGAGGCUGUGCCACAUCUCCUUGCUCAUAUCAAUAAUGAAGGAGAGCCGGCCUUUCGAGGUUGGUCCAGAAUGGCUGUGCCAGUUAAAGAAUUUAAGAUUACAGAAGUUAAACAACCAAAUAUAGGUGAAGUAAAGCCAGCUGCUGUAACAGCAGAAGUUACUUUCAGCAUCUCCAGCUAUAAAUCACAAAUAAGGUCAGAAUGGAAUGCACUUAAAGAGCACGAUGUUCUCUUUUUACUGUCUAUUCGUCCUUCAUUUGAGCCUCUCAGUGCUGAAGAGGCUGCUAAUGCAACUGUACCACAGAGGCUUGGUCUCCAGUGUGUACGUGGUUGUGAAAUAAUUGAGAUGCGUGACGAGGAGGGAAUUCUCAUGAACGAUUUUACUGGGAGAAUCAAGCGGGACGAGUGGAAACCCCCCAAAGGAGACCUUAGAACUGUUACUGUUGCGCUUGACACAGCACAAUACCAUAUGGAUGUUGGUGAUAUAGCAGAGAAAGGCGCAGAAGAUAUUUAUGGAACAUUUAAUAUAUUGAUGAGGAGGAAACCGAAAGAGAAUAAUUUCAAAGCCAUCUUAGAAUCUAUAAGGGAUCUGAUGAAUGAAACAUGCAUAGUUCCUGACUGGCUGCACGACAUAUUUUUGGGCUAUGGAAAUCCUUCUGCAGCACAGUGGACUAAUAUGCCAGACCUCCUUGAAACAGUAGAUUUCAAAGAUACCUUCCUAGAUGCUGAUCAUGUUAGGGAGAGUUUUCCUGAUUAUCAGGUUUGCUUCGUCGACCAAGAUGGCUCAGAAAACUUGCAACCAAGCCCCCCCUUUAAGAUUAAGCUUCCUAGGAAUCCCAAAGGGAAAGCUCAUGCCCUUCCUGGAAGUGAGAAUUCUACUAUAGCGCCAGCUGAGGCUGCAGGCAUGCCAGAAGUUCAUUCUGAAAGAGACAAGCUUAUUGUCGAAGCAUAUAUCCCUCCUGAUCCAGGUCCAUAUCCUCAGGAUCAACCAAAGCGGAACUCGGUUAGAUUUACCCCGACGCAGGUUGGAGCAAUCAUCUCAGGCGUUCAGCCAGGUUUAUCCAUGGUUGUGGGUCCCCCUGGUACGGGAAAGACUGAUACGGCUGUGCAGGUUUUGAAUGUUCUAUAUCAUAAUUGCCCUUCUCAACGGACCCUGAUAAUCACUCAUUCGAAUCAAGCUUUAAAUGAUCUUUUUGAGAAGAUAAUGCAAAGAGAUGUUCCAGCUCGCUACCUUCUCCGGCUUGGUCAGGGAGAGCAAGAAUUAGCAACUGAUCUUGACUUCAGUCGUCAGGGGAGAGUAAAUGCUAUGCUUGUUCGGCGGCUAGAACUGCUUAGUGAAGUUGAACGCCUUGCAAGGUCCCUUCAACUUCCUGAAGAUGUUGGUUAUACAUGUGAAACUGCGGGAUACUUCUGGCUGCUUCAUGUAUAUUCACGGUGGGAACAAUUUUUAGCUGCUUGCGCUGCAGAGCAAGAUAACCCAACAAUUGUUCAGGAUAAGUUUCCCUUUAAGGAAUUUUUUUCUGAUACUCCCCAGCCAGUCUUCACGGGUCUGUCUUUUGGGAAGGACAUGCGUUCAGCUAAGGGGUGCUUUUGUCAUUUGAAAACGAUGUUUCAAGAGCUCGAAGAAUGUAGGGCAUUUGAAUUGCUCAAGUCCACGGUUGAUCGUUCUAAUUACCUGAUGACCAAACAGGCAAAAAUCGUGGCAAUGACCUGCACUCAUGCGGCACUUAAAAGGAAGGAUUUUCUUCAAGUGGGUUUUAAGUAUGACAACCUGUUGAUGGAAGAAAGUGCCCAAAUUUUGGAAAUUGAAACUUUCAUCCCGAUGUUGCUUCAGAGGCAGGAAGAUGGCUAUGCUCGGCUUAAACGCUGUAUACUGAUUGGCGACCAUCAUCAAUUGCCCCCUGUCGUGAAAAAUAUGGCUUUUCAGAAAUACAGCCACAUGGAUCAGAGUCUCUUCACAAGAUUUGUCAGACUAGGGAUUCCAUAUAUUGAGCUCAAUGCGCAGGGUAGGGCACGACCAAGUUUAGCUCGGCUUUACAAUUGGAGAUACAGAGAACUGGGGGAUCUGCCUUAUGUGAAGGAGAAUACGGUCUUUCAUAAAGCAAAUGCUGGAUUCUCAUAUGACUAUCAGUUGGUAGAUGUGCCCGAUUACAAUGGCAGAGGUGAAAGUGCCCCUUCACCCUGGUUCUAUCAAAAUGAGGGAGAGGCUGAAUACAUAGUCAGUGUCUAUAUGUAUAUGCGAUUACUUGGAUAUCCUGCGAAUAAGAUAUCAAUAUUGACUACUUACAAUGGUCAGAAACUUUUGAUCCGCGAUGUUAUAAACAGAAGAUGUGUCCCUUAUGACUUUAUUGGUCCUCCACACAAGGUUGCAACUGUUGAUAAAUUUCAAGGUCAGCAGAAUGAUUAUAUCUUAUUGUCUCUAGUCCGUACACGCUUUGUUGGCCACCUCCGUGAUGUUAGAAGAUUGAUCGUUGCAAUGUCCCGUGCUCGUCUGGGUCUUUAUGUUUUUUGUCGACGUUCUCUCUUUGAACAAUGUUAUGAACUUCAACCAACGUUUCGACUUCUUUUAGAGAGACCUGAUUGCCUCGCCCUAAAUGUUGAGGAGGCCAUAUCUUUGACAAAUCGUCCUGUUGGAGAAACUGGACCAGUCAGUCUUGUUAGUGGACCUGAGGAAAUGCAGGCUAUUGUGAAUUUUAAGAUGCAUCAGGUCUAUCAGGCACGGAUGAUGAGCCAUAUUGAGUAUCCAGCUCAUCCAGAAUCAGUUCCAGAGCAAAGUGUUGAGCAGAAUGUGAUGUCCCUAUCCCAUAGUAUGGAUACUGAUAAGACCACUAUGGAAGAUGGCACAGAAGAUACUGGGCCUUCAGAGUCAAUGGAGUCCACAAAGGUUCCACCUGAUGAUGGAGGGAUGUUAGUUACUUGCCAUUCAAACGGAGAGGUUGAUGGUGAGGACCAAAUAGUUGAUAGUGGUGGACUGGGCACAUCAACCGGGUCCACAAAGGUUCCACAUGAUGAUGAAGAGAUGUUAGUUGUGAGCCAGUCAAAUGGAGAGGCUGAUGGAAAGGACCAAAGAGUUGAUAGUGACGGAUUGGACCUCGAGAACAAGUCGAAUUUGGAAAGCAAGAUGGAAGAGUAAUAUCAGCUGUACUCCCAAGUUUUCUUCUCUUACCCCCAUGGAACUUGAUUGUCCGGGAAAUGUAAACUAUGAUCUUGAUUGUUAGCGGCCCUAAGAUGUAUUGAUCUUUAAGAACCUUUGUCAGGUCAAAGACCAGAUGUGGUGGAACAGCUGCAAAUGCAAUGCUAUGUUGCCUGCAAUCGACUUCCACAAACGGCAUGGUUUAAUAUCCAUGAGGUAUUUGAAUACACAGGCCAUGACUUAGUUGAAGAGUAUGUAGUGAAAUUGUGCUUUCAUGGGUGGCUAAUAGCCCAUAUCAUCUGUAAUCAGUAAUCGAUUAUUUGUAACGAUUGGAGGUGGGACAAACCUAGGUAAAAGGUGUGGGAAUGAGGCAUAGGCCGCACCAAUUCAAGACUUGUUCGUGGUUCCUCGAUGCCUUUUGGUAAAAUCGUAACUUAUUGUAAAGUAAAUUCAAAUGUACAACUGUUUGAAUCGUUUAAAACUAGAUUUCAAGGGUUACAUAUUUUGAUUGUAA